AUGAUGGACGAAGCACUUUAUGCCAGUAUCCUUAGGCUAAGUUUGGAUAGGUUCCUCUUUUCAUUAGGUUUCUUAAGCGCUUUUCUCGCAAUCAUCUCUUCUUUUAAAUCCAGAAUUGAAACCUUGAACACAUUCAAACGCUUAGAUGCAGUCGAUGAAUUUCUAAGAAAAAAUGGUGCAAAUCUCUCCUUUAGUAAACGAAGGUAUUUCUUUGGGGCACUCUUCAGACUUGGUCUACUCACUGUCGGGGUUGCUCUUGAACACUUCAUGAUUACACCCGUUGAUAGUUGGGAUCGUGUCAUAUUUUUCAAUUUCCAGUUUUUCCCACUUUACGUAUCCAACAUAACUGAGUAUCAGCACAAUGUACUCCUCGAUACUAUACAGAAAAGGUUCAACUUCCUCAAAAAAGAGCUUUCAUCGGUUAAGAAAAGACCGUCAUCUUUCAGGAGGCAAGGAGAAGUUGAGUCUCUGUUGAAGCUGUACGAUUAUUUAGUUCAGUGCUGCGGAACGAUCAAUGAAAUUUACGGAAAACAAAUUUUGCUGUUUGUCACAAGUAUUUUUUUGAUGACGACAGCUAAUGCUGACUAUGUUGCUGAGGGAAUAAUACAGCUGGUAUUGAACAGAGGUGGGAGGCCUAUUGGAGAGCUCUUCACUUUCGGCUACUGGGCGAUCAUCAGGCUUGUGGAGUUGUGGAGCGUGGUAGAUACCUGUGAAGCUGUUGUACAAGAGGUAUAUUACACAGUAUGA